AAAAACACAAUUCCUUUGGAACUGUGGAAGCAGACUCGAACAGUUCUUGCAGAUAAGAGGCGUUGGCGGGAGAGAAGUGGCCUGAAUAAACUCUGGAAAAUGGUAGGCGCGGCGACGGCGACACUCCGACCACGUAUCUUCUCAUCGGUUUCGGGAAACUGUUGCUAUAACCUAUCGGAACAACCUCUUCAUCGCAUCUUUCGGUAUAGCCCAGGUCAAAAACAUAUUACAAUGCAACAUCCAAGAUCAUUCAUAACAAAUCUCCUAUUCAACAAAAGAAAUAUAGAUGAAUUGGAAAAUGGCACACGCAAACCUUUGAGGCCAGGGAAAUUGUCUCCUCGCCGUCCUGUUCCAGAUCACAUACUAAAGCCACCUUAUGUUGCUUCUAAGAAGCCACCUGGAAUUGCAAGCGGGCCUGAAGUGCAUGAUGAAAAGGGUAUAGAAUAUAUGAGAGCAGCCGGGAGGCUUGCUGCACAGGUUCUUCAGUAUGCUGGGACAUUAGUCAAGCCAGGUAUCACAACAGAUGCAAUUGACCAAGAAGUUCACCAGAUGAUAAUUGACAAUGGAGCUUAUCCUUCACCUCUUGGGUAUAGUGGAUUUCCCAAGAGCGUGUGUACUUCAGUAAAUGAAUGCAUUUGCCAUGGAAUUCCUGAUUCACGUGAACUUGAGGAUGGCGAUAUUAUCAACAUAGAUGUCACUGUUUAUCUAAAUGGUUACCAUGGUGAUACGUCAGCAACAUAUUUUUGUGGUGAUGUUGAUGACAAAGCCAAAAAUCUUGUGCAGGUAACUAAAGAAAGCUUAUACAAGGCGAUAUCAGUAUGUGCACCAGGAGUGGAGUACAACAAAAUUGGCAAAAUCAUAAAUGCUCAUGCAGAUAAGCAUGGUUAUGGUGUUGUGCAACAGUUUGUCGGGCAUGGUGUUGGACGCCUUUUCCACAGCGAUCCAGUUAUUCUACACUACAGGAACAAUGAACGUGGACGCAUGAUGUUGAACCAGACAUUCACCAUCGAACCCAUGUUGACGAUGGGUAGUAUACACCCGAUAAUAUGGGAUGAUGAUUGGACCGUGGUGACGGAGGAUGGCAGUUUGUCGGCACAGUUCGAGCACACCCUUUUGAUCACUGAAAAUGGUGCUGAGAUUCUAACACAAUGUUAGAUUUGAGGUUCAUGCAUUGGUGUGGCUAAAAUCAAACACAAGAGCCAUUGGAACAUUUAUUUCUUUGUGGCCCAUUUGUAUUCUUUUCUCAUGUUUUAGAAACACAUUUUGUUUGAGGCUUAGAGGCUUUCUCAAAGUGAGCAUACUUGUAUGAGGUUUUGUUGUUAAAUUUUUACUUGUAAUACAAGAAAUGUGGUUUUCUAGAACCAUCGAGGAACC